AUGUAUGAUUUUGAAAUUUAUGUUGGCAAAAACACCUGCAGUGAUAGAGGAUUAGGUUUGUCUGGCGAUAUUGUUUUGGCAUUGACGGAAACAUUGCCAGAGAAACAGCAUUUCAAAGUGUUUGCUGAUAGUUGGUUUUCGUCUAUACCAUUAGCAAUUGGCCUGAAAGAAAGAGGCAUUGAAUUCUGUGGCACUAUCAGGGCAGACAGGAUGGCAAAAUGUCCCUUGAAAACUGAAGCGGAACUCAAGAAAUCUGGACGUGGCUCCUGUGACUGGAGAGUGGAGACAACAAACAAUGUAGCUUUAGUAUGCUGGUUUGACAGAAAACGCAUAAAUUUCGUGUCAACAUAUGCUUCUGUUGAGCCCAUGGCAACAUGUAGACGCUAUUCUGCAUCUGAAAAGAAAUUCAUUGAUGUACCUAGACCUUACAUAGUGGAAAAGUACAACAAACAUAUGGAGGGCAUGGACCUUGCUGACAUGUUGAUAGAGCUAUACCAUAUCAACUUGAGGUUGCCCCUCACAGUUGUCAAUGGAUGGCUACUCCACCGACGUCAUACGGUCCAACGUGGCAAAACCUCAAAGAUGUCACUCCUGCAGUUCCAAGCUAAUAUUGCUGCAAGUCUACUGCUUGCGGGGAAAUCAGGUUCCCAAAAGAAGAGAGGAAGACCAAGUUCUGAAAUGUUGACAAGGACUCCUGCAGCAAAAAGGACUGUAUGUGGAGCUCCAGUUAUGGAUGUGCGUUUUGAUGGGUUCGAACACUUUGCAGACAUGGUAGAAAAGAAAGGUCGAUGUAAAGCAGCAAAAGACUUGUGGGAUUUUUAUGGACCUAUCCAAGGCAUUUGA